CGUGGCCCCUCCCGGUUCCGGCGUGAUAGAGGCCCCGGGUGGCGAACAAGUCUCCGGCACCAUGUCUGGUUUGUCUGGCCCUGUAGCCCAGCGUGGCCCCCGCCCGUUGGCGUUGCUGUUGGCGUUCCUGCUCGGACCCAGCUCGGUCCUCGCCAUCUCUUUCCAUCUGCCCGUUAACUCCCGCAAGUGUCUCCGCGAGGAGAUCCACAAGGACCUGCUAGUGACCGGCGCCUACGAGAUCGCCGACCAGUCUGGGGGCGCUGGCGGCCUGCGCAUCCACCUCAAGAUCACAGAUUCUGCUGGACAUAUUUUAUACUCCAAGGAAGAUGCAUCCAAGGGGAAGUUUGCUUUUACCACUGAAGAUUAUGACAUGUUUGAAGUAUGUUUUGAGAGCAAGGGGACAGGGCGGAUACCUGACCAACUCGUGAUCCUAGACAUGAAGCAUGGAGUGGAGGCAAAAAAUUACGAAGAGAUUGCAAAAGUUGAGAAGCUCAAACCAUUAGAGGUAGAGCUAAGACGCCUAGAAGACCUUUCAGAAUCUAUUGUUAAUGAUUUUGCCUACAUGAAGAAGCGAGAGGAGGAAAUGCGUGAUACCAAUGAGUCAACAAACACUCGAGUCCUGUACUUCAGCAUCUUUUCAAUGUUCUGCCUUAUCGGACUAGCCACCUGGCAGGUCUUCUACCUUCGUCGCUUCUUCAAGGCCAAGAAGUUAAUUGAGUAAUGAGACCAAAUCUCCUCCUCCCUCAUGAAUCUCAGCCAGCAGAACAUCGCUGGGACGUGCCUGGCCUAAGGCAUCCUAUUAACAGCACCAUGAAGGCACGCUGAAGCUUUCUUGCCAGAACUGAUCUUUUUUGGGAGGACUUGGGGUACUCCUACACUCAACAAGUCAAUGAGGGACUUCUUUUUAACUCGGUAGGAUUUGGACUGGUUUUGCAACAAUAGGACUAUUAUUAGAGUCACCCAUGACAAAAAAUAGGGGUUACCUAGAUAAUGCCAAAGUCAGCAUUUGUCUUGGGUUUCCUCACGUGAUCUAUUUGAACCAUGUUUGCUUUCCUUCUCCCACUUGCUCACCAGCUUGGGCUUUCACUUUAGUUCUUUUACUACGAUUUGUAUGACCAUGUUGAACUUGUUUCAUACUGAUUGUCCUCUUUGGGUUUCCUUCUAAAAACAUCCUGGCCCUUAGCUGAAAUGUUUACAUAGCUUCUGGUGAUAUCCUUUCAUAAUUUUAUGUCUCUUACAAGGGUCGUGAAUGUGAUACCUUAUAAAAGUGAGCUCAGAACUGUAGAUAACUUCUUAAAAAAAAAAUCUCAUUUUAGACAAUUAAAAUAUUUGUGCUCAACUGCUUGAAUUUUUUUUUCUUUUUGUGUAUGUGUACUUAGUUCCAUGCAGUUUUAUCAUGUGUUUAGGGUCAUGAGACCAUCACAAGCUAUAGUACAGUUUCAUCACAUGGAUUCCUCAUAUUGCCCUUUUAUAGCCACAGCUACCUCCCUUCUAUAUGCCCCUUUACCCCAAACUCUGGCUACCACUAACCUGUUUACCAUCACUAUAAUUUUGUUGUUUCAAAAAUGGUACAUAAAUAGAACCAUUAGAAUGUGACCUUUUGAGAUUUACUUUUUUUACUCACCAUAAUUCCCAUGAUAUCCAUCCAAGUUGUUACAUUUUAUCAAUAGUUUAUUCCUUUUUAUUGCUGAAUAAUAUUCUGUGAUUAUAGAUGUACCACACAGUUUCAUCCACUGAAGGACUGAUGGAUUGUUUUCAGUUUUAGGUCCUUAGUAAUAAAGCUUCUGUGAAUUUUUGUGUAUAGGUUUUCAGAUGAACAUAAAUAUUUAUUUCUCCGGAAUAAAUGCCCAGAAAGAGCAAUUGCUAGGUUCUGUGGUAAGCACAUUUAGUUAUGUAAGAAAUUUCCCUACUCUUUCCAGAGUGGCUGUACCGUUUUACAUUUCCACCAGCAGAGUAUCACUGAUGAGUUUCUCUUCAUCCUUACCAAUAUUUGGUGGUAUUACUAUUUUUUUUAAUUUUAGCCAUUUGAAUAGCUGUGUAUAACAUCUCAUUAUGAUUUUCAUUUGCAUUUUUCUAAUGGCUAAUGAUGUUGAACAUUUUUCAUGUGCUUGCUUGUGAUUUGUAUUAUCCUCUUCGAUGAAAUGUUUAUGUCUUUUUGCCCAUUUUCUAAUUGGAUCAUUAUUUUUACUGUUUAGUUUCGAGAGUUUCUUAUUUACCUAGAUACAAGUAUCAGAUGUGUGGUUGCUUGAAUUUUUAACAUCACUUCCACCAAGGAAAAGUAAGUAAAAUUUAUCAUCUCUUCUUGCAUGCCCAAUUAUUGACUUAGUUCCUGUCAUUAUGUACUCUUUCUAGAGAAUUGAGACAUAGGAGGUAUUAAAAUAGGUAUCUAGGAGGAUCAUGGAAAGAGUAAAUACUUGAAAAUACAUGUUCUGAAAGUAAAGCCAAAAAUUACUUGUGGGAGUGUGAGAUGCCUAAAAGUCCAUACUAAUGUAAAAAAGAGAAAAUAUGGAGUUGGGGUAGAAUCCUCUCCUUGGAUGUGUGAAGCCCCAGGAACUCACACAUAUACACAUACCUGCCCACAGAGUGGAUACAAGUGAUGAUGUUCAUAAACAGGAAAGCUAUCACUUGAAAUCUUUCCAGCUUCUCCUAGGAAAGUAGGAAGGAGUUCUUUCUUUCUGGAAUCUCUUUUUAACCCUGCUAAUUGUUACAAAGCUUGUCUAAUUGAAUGGUAAGAAUUACUGGACUUAGAUUCAUGUCACUUGCAGUUAAGAAGCAGAAUAUGAAAAUUAUCAAAUAACACUGCUGUGAUGACAUGGAUAAAAUGUGAAGGCUAAAGAGGGCAUGAUUUAUGUUAAAAUCUCAGGCUAAUCAGUGUUCUAAUUACUAUGAAUAUGAAAGCUUUAAAAAAAAAAAAAAACUCCUGGGCAGCAAUAAGCUCUCACCAGCCAACUUGAGCAACAUUGCCAUCUGCUGUUAAGAAGGGAUAGUUGCUGCUUCGGAGAAUUUGGCAGUAAUUUCCUUGCCAUAGGGACAGCAGAUGUUGAGAAAGUCUGUAGCACUACUGAUAUUAAAAGACAGUAUGCAUCCAAGUAGAGAAAAAAAUAAACUAGUGGAUUAAGUUCCAUCCUUAAACUUUUAAAUAUAAAAUCCUAGCCUGUACCAUUAGCCUAAUAAGAAACUCAUAUUUCUGACUGGUGCCUUCCCCUUUUUUAGAAGCAGUGAAAGCUUCUAUUAGUUAUGGUUUUCUACUCUGAAAAAUAUCAAAGAAGAAGAUAGGAGAGGAGAGGAGAGAAUGUUUUAUUUUGCUGAUGCUUUUGUUUCCAAGUGACUCCAAACUGAAACUUUGUGGAACUGAAAUUCUUUAAUGUUCCUUCCUUUUACUCAUGCCAAAAAUACCACCAUGAACAUUUGUGCUUUGGGUUUAAAAGUUAAUAUUAUGCCUUGCUUUUAUCUAAAAGGUAAAAAUAUUUGCCUUUGAAAACAGGCUAGUACAAGAGCAAAUAAGCUUUAAAAAAAGGGAUGUUAUCUGCUUUCCUCCAUUUUUUAUUCAGAAUGAUCUGUAUAAGUGGGAACAAUUCAGUUCUAAAUAAACUUUGUCAUACCAUUGUCAUGAACCCCUGUCAAAGCCAUUUUCUGUUUGUUUAAUGGAAAAGGCAUGUGGGAUAUAUACAGAUUUACUUGUGUUGAAUUGGGGGUUUUGUGUAAAUUUUCUCAAAUAAAUGCUAGCAGAAACCA